AUGACAGUAGAAGAAUUUGUUGUUGAUGGUGGUGAUUAUAUGGGAGUAUGGGAGGAAACUCCCAAAAGCUGGAAUUGGAAAUCUUUUAGUAAGACGGCAGUGCCCAUUGUGUUGCGUUGCAAUGGUUCAUAUGACGAUAUGAUUGCAAGCGUAAUUGAGGCCGCCUUCGGUGCUUGCAUUAAGGGAUUUGCCCAUAUGAGAAAGGUAAUUGCGGUUGAUGGCACUCAUUUACAUGGUAAAUACGAUGGCGUGUUGUUGAGAGUUAUUGCACAAGAUACGGAGAAUCAUGUUUAUCCAAUUUCCUUUUGUGUUGUGGACAAAGAGAAUGAUACAUCUUGGACAUUCUUCUUUGAGAUGUUGAAGGAGAUUGUGGUCAAUGAACCAGAUUUGUGUCUUAUCUCCGAUAGACACAAGAGUAUCGCCAACGGUAUUGUGAACGUUUACAAUCAUGCUCACCACGGAUAUUGUAUGAGGCACCUUGGUGAAAAUCUCCGCGUAAAUCAUCAUUGUGGAGACUCCCUCUAUCUUUACUACAAUGUGGCAAAGGCUUAUUCGUUGGAGGAGUUUGACAAUCAUUUUGUAGAAUUAAAGUACAAAUGUCCCGUGGCAUCCGUCGUCCUUGAGCAUGAUAUUGCUUUUGAGAAGUGGAGCAAGGCACAUUUCCUGUCAAUAGAUAUGAUAUGA